GCCACAACUCGCGCCUGUUUGCGGCGCGUGCCCCGGCGAGGGCGGCCCUGGGCUGGUCUGGGCGAAGCCUCGGAACGGGCGCAGAGCUGGGUGCACCGCCCGAGGCAGGAUGGCGGGCCCACCGCGACUGAUGAGCCUGUUCCUGCUUUUGGCGGCGAGGUGCGUGUCGCCGCUCGCGGCCCCGCGGGGCCACGCGCAGAUUUCGAGGCCCGCGGCCAUCCUCUCCACCAUCGUCACGCUCGCGACGCGGUCGCGCGCGGCGCGCGUCCCGAGCGUGGGGCACACGUCUGCUCUUGCCCUCGCCUUAAGGACGACGCAGACGCGCGCGGCGCCGCACCUCAGCACGGCCGUGGCUCUGGCCACUGUACUACCGGUCGGGGCGGACGACGCCGCCGCUUUACCAUUGGUAGAGCGCUUCGCCGAUUUGGUCACGUACGGCGACGAGGGAGAUGGUUCCUGCCCCGGCGACUCGUUUGAUGAUGCGGCGUUAGCUGUUGCUAGAGAAUUCGUGCUCGGCGGCGGCGGCGGCGACGACGAGUCGUGUAGCGGCGACUACGAGGACUACGGCGACGUCGACGCGUUCGGGGCCUUUCGGGCCGCGGCGGCGGCGGCCGCGGGCGUCGAGAAGGCGACAGCAUUAGCGAUUGUACUGCUGGUGAUAGAACACGGCGCGGCGCCGUUCGACGACCCGGAGGUCGUCGCGCUGUGUCGAGCACUAGCCCCCGAAGCGCGCGAAAGCCUCGUCUCGUCGCUCGAGGAGUACUUCGGGGACUUCUACGAGACGGCCGCUGUCGAAUUAGGUGCGUUGCGAUAUGCGCUGUUAUCGACGGAAGAGCGAAGAGCGGCGGUAGCGGAGAUGGCGGCCGCGAGGCCCUACGGCGAAGCUUUGCCAGAAGAGGCGACGAUGCUCCUCGAAAGGCUAGGUGCGGGCGGGCUCUUCGAGGCCGACGACGAUUCUGUGGAGCUGUGGAUCGACGUCGUCUUCUUCUUACUGGUCUUUGGCGUGCUCUGCGCGCUGUCAGCAGCACUACGACGGGCGUGCUCGUUGGCGAAUCGAUCGCGACGUCCGCAAGCCGACCGGCAGGCCGACGAUGCCGUGGCGCGACUCCUAGCGGAAGACGAUAGGGAAAGAAAAGCUAGACUAAAAAGGACCGGGCGGACGCCGCGCGGGAGAAGCCCGCGCGCGAAGCCGAACGGUAGUAGCGUGCCCACGACGACGCGGUCGCCCUCGCCGAGCGCGACGGCGUCGGACGCGUCGUCCAGUGAAGCCGAGAUGCCUGAUUUACCUUUACGAGGCGGCAAGCCCUCUAGACCUGCCGCUCGGCCGAAGUCCGCGCGCGACGCGUCUGGUUCUAAAAGAGGAGGCCCGCUCAAGCCGAAGAAGGUACCCAAAGAAGUACCGAAAGCUACCGAGGAGAAGAAGCCUUCGCGAAGGGCUCGAGCUAGAGAAAAGUCGGCCCAGAAGGCCGCCGCCGCGGCCGCGGCGGCCGCGACGCAACCGCCGCCCCCGCCGGUCGCGCCCGCGCCGCAACCCGUGCAGCCGCCGAUCACGCCGCACGUCGCGCCGCCGGCUUCCGUCUGGGCGUCGCCGGACCCGCCGCCGCCGCCGCCCCAGCGCCAGCCCUUCCAGCCGCCGGGCUUCGACUCCUCCUACUCGUCGCCGGAAGCCUCGCGGCUCCCGUCGCUGCCCGUCGUGGCGCCGCACCCGCCGCCCUCUCUCGUUACCGCUGCUGCUAGAGUCAAGGUCAUGCCCGUGCCGCCGAACUGCGGCGACGACCUGCUGGCCGAGGCCUUCGCGCGCUACGGGUCGAGCGUCGUCGGCGCGCGCGUCGUCUUCGACCGCGUCGCGCCCUACGGCUACGUCGACUUCGCGACGCGAAGCGCGGCGGUGGCCGCGGCCUUCCAGACGCACGGCGCCGAGCUCUUUUCGGGCGGGGGCUCGGUGUCGUGCAUCGUCGUGUCGAACACGGCGACCAGGGAUCGCGCCGGCUCGCUGGACGGCGGCGUGCGCCUGAACCCUCUGGAGGCGCGCGAGGUGCAGUCGAACGCGCUGGCGUCGGACCUCAGAGCCGACGCGCCGACCUUCGGGGCCUACGACCCCAUGGAGUCCCUGGCCCGCGGCUUCGCGUGAAACGGAUUCCUGAAACCUCUCUCAACAACAAGACUUC